AUGCCAAAAAAUAGUAACAAAAAAACUAUUAUUGCUAGCUUCUCUCCUACAUAUACUUCAAUAUCUAACUUUAAACCAUCGUUUCCUCCAAAAAUCACGAUUGAGGAAUUAAUUUCUAAAUCACUUAGCAAUGCAGAUUCUAAAUAUAACAGAACUCCCAAUCCUUUCAUUAUUUAUCGAAAAGUUUUUAACCGUGAAAUAUCAAAACUGAAUAUCGAUCUAUCUUUAAAAGAGAUCUCUUCGAAGGCUAGCGAAAGUUGGCAUAAAGAAUCAGAGCAUGUUAAAAAUGCCUAUAGAAAACUUGCAGAAGAUGCAAAAAUUCGCUUUAAAAAUAUAGCACCUUUAUGC